CAGAAAACAUAAAUUUUAAUUAGGACCUAGUUCAAAAAAAGAGUAAGGGUUUAGCCCAUGAAAUCUAAAAACUGGGCCCAGCUCAACCUUUCUAGUCUGCUUAGUUUCUUCAAUUUUAGGGUUUUGGAGAACUUGUCCAAGAAGAGAAAGAGAAAGAGGGUUUUAGCACCUGAUUGCGAAGCAGCUUCGAUUUUAGUUUCUCAGAUGGAUCCAUCAUCUCUUGGUUCCCCUGAAUUGCAGCGGUUCCUUAACCAAGAGAAGGAGAAGGCUAUGCUUAAUGAGGUGGUCGCCAAGCUUACAAACAAAUGCUGGGACAAAUGCAUCACUGGUACCCCCGGGAGCAAAUUCAGCUCAAGUGAGUCAGCUUGUCUUUCCAAUUGUGCUCAACGUUACACGGACAUGAGCCUCAUUAUCAUGAAACGCUUUCAGUCCAUGCAGUGAAUUUCAAGGAGGAUUGACAUUUUGUCUUUGGUCACAGAAUAUGGCCCUUUUUCUUAGUAGUGAGACUCUCUAAUUUUAUUCGAACUUUGUACUGGUAUUGGUAAUUGUAAGUUUGAAUGUUUCAUAAAUUAACGACAUGAGACUUG